UGUCUGCGUGAGAGCUUUAUCACAAAUCAGAGUGUCGGCGUCUGCAGGAGCUUACAGGGCAAGAGUUCACCGGUCUGUCGGGAGUCUCUCUCUUAGUUAGAUGAUCGCUGACGAAGUUUAGAGGCAAAAAACCAAACACAUGUGAUCUACAAAGGAGUCGCUGUCCGCAACAUAACUUCUGCCUUACUCAUGGAUAUAAGUUAAGCCGCUAAAAGUCCACUGGAUAAGUUUAGCCGGUGUGAAAGGCGGUGUUUUUAUUGACUCGGAGGACAGCAACGACGAUGCCCUUUUAACCGGGGGGAAGUUUUCUGGGGGUGUUUGUGUGUGAGAAGAGAGCGGCCCACGACAUGAUGGCCAUUGGAGCUGAUAGCUGACACUGUAGAAUGAGAGAGGAUGGAACAGACAGACAACCCUGCCCCUGAGAGCAACAACCCUAAUGGGUUUGUCAACCGCGUGUUUAAUGUUUCUCUGGAUGUAAAGAAUGAGACCAGCAGUGUUUAUAUUCAGGAGUCUGGGCCAUGGCCUGCAGAGGGGCAGGGAGAGACCCAGGCUGCCUCUGCUCAGACCCCUGUCAAGGACAGACAGGAGGUCAACCGGAGACCCCGUGCCACAGGGGGCAUCUGGAAGAUCUUGAACCGAAAAAGAGCUGUCGCGGAGCUGGAGCGGAGACCCCACUCCAUGAUCCUGCCCGGGGAGGCUUCCAUCCCUAAACUCUCAUUUGCUGACAAAGUUCGCUCCUUCAAGAAGCUUAAAUCUCCUUCUUUGUUUAGAGGGAAGACAGGGAAAUUGUCCACUGCCAAGUUCAGCAGCUCCUUGGUGGAUGAGGAGUCUUUCUGCCGAGAAAUUGGAACUCCACAGCAGUCCAGCAGGGGCACACUUAGACACCGUGGGAAGAGGCAUUCAUAUGCUGGCUACACAGCAGAGUUUGACUGCUCGUUUGAAGAUAUUGACCUCACUGCCCCCAUAGAUGGCCAUCAGCCCACUGUAGUGGGAGAGGCUACAACUCAGAAUGGUUGUAAACUAUCUGAAAGAGUUACCUAUACUAAAAGAAACCACAACAAUUCAACCAACUGUAACAAAACAGCUGCAGGCUGUGAAGAGCCCAGCAUUAAGGGUAGCCCCAGGACCCCCCAUGGCGCAGGAAGGAGACACAAAGAUGUGUGGAGUUACCUGAGGAGGAUCUCUCUUCUGGGGAAGGCCAAUCCUGCCUACUCAGAGAGGAGCUUUGAUUCUGAGCUUCACUCUCUGGACAAGACUAUGGACUCGGAUUAUGGCUCUGUAGACUUUGAGAGUGUCAGAGACUUCCAGCCACCGCCCCCGAAACACUCUGACAACAAGGGGCACUUUGGUGGUCUAUUCAAGUUUUUCAACAAUGUAGCAGAGACGGCCAGAAAAUGGCGGACAACAUCACGCUCCUUCUCCCCUCCAGAGGGAGAGAGGACACCGAUGAGUUCACCACAGGCCUCACAGCACACAAUGGACAACAUCCAUAGUGUGUCCCUGACACUCCACAGUGAUGGACUUCCAAAAUCCCAGCCUAUCCCAACAUCACCAGUGAACGCAAAAUCCUCACACUCCAGUAACUUUGACAGUGAGGCUUCAGCACCUGUGACAGGUGGGCGAUCCCCUAAUGUGGUCCUGAAAGCUUUUAGGGCAUGCCCAGGGCAUGGGGCUAUCAAUGGCCUUCAGAGCUCUGAGGGUUCAGACAAUCAUAUAGACAGAGAGACAAACCACAGAUCCACAGCCAUAGUAGAGAAUCAUAUCCCCCAGUCAGGUCCAAACACAGAGACUCAAAAAGAAGCAGAGGUUGAAAGGAAUCCAUUAAACUGUCUCUGUAAAGAGGAAAAGGUAGAGGGACAGACAGGAAAUGAGCAGGAUUCCAGGGAUGCUCCACCUGACUCCCACCAGAUACAGGAAGUGAAUAUCCAAUCACAACAAGGUGAUAAAGAGAGCACAACCAAUAGUGUGCCAGCAUCAGAUUCCACAGAGGAAAUAUUUAAGCUGUGUGAGCAGAUUGCCAGCCAGACAGGCUGCAGUGUAAGACAGCCGGGCCCAGCCAUGCCCCACUCUAGCACAGAGAAGACCUCUGUACCUCACAAGACACUGCGCCAUCGUCCUCGCCCGGCUUCAGCUGUACUGGACCUGUGGAGGCCCAACCCAGAACGAGAUCUCUACAGCCAUUAUAGUGAGGUCGGCUCACUGUGCCGGCGGAGACGCAGGCCUGCUCCCACCAUGCAACACUCUCCGGGGCAGAGACGGACAGCUGCUCGUUCCAGACCUUGCUCUGUCAUAGAGACCAGUGUUACUAGGGAGACGCAGUCCACGGAGCUGCAUCACAGAGCCUUGUCUCGCCCGCCGGGUGUGUCACCGUUAGAGCCCCCAUUGAGGGUAUCUCUCCAGCGGUGCCGCUCCCUGCCUCUUCCCCCCAGCACUCUCACUGCCUUGGCGCUGCUCCUGCCUCAGUCAGUGGACAUGGGUCAGACAUCGUCCGUCCGUCUGCGGUCUGGAGACUCCAGUAGCUGCAGGAGGAGGAGGCUGCUAAGACCUGGUUCAGAACCACUGCAGGUCAACAUAUUGAUAAGUGGAGGUUCAAUCGUCAACGCUGAGGCGGUAUGGGACCAUGUGACCAUGGCGGACCGGGAGUUGGCGUUUAAGGCCGGUGACGUCAUCAAGGUGCUGGAUGCCUCCAACAAGGACUGGUGGUGGGGCCAGAUUGAUGAGGAGGAAGGAUGGUUCCCUGCCAGCUUUGUACGGGUGGAACCCCACCCUCCUCAGCCCCAAACAAAACAGGUUUUCUAUAUCAACCCCAUAGCAACUCCACGGUUCCAAAACACCACGUCAAAGCUGUGGGUGAACCAGGAGGAUGGGGGAGCGGAGCCAGCCGAGGGGACCAGUGAGGUGCAGAAUGGGCACCUGGACCCAACCAAUGACUGUUUGUGUCUGGGCUCGCCUCUCCAGAACAGAGACCAGAUGAGAGCUAACGUCAUCAAUGAGAUCAUGAGCACAGAGAGACACUACAUCAAACACCUCAAGGACAUCUGUGAGGGCUACCUGCGCCAGUGCAGGAAGCGUGUGGACAUGUUCAAUGAUGACCAGCUGAAGGUCAUCUUUGGGAACAUCGAGGACAUCUACCGCUUCCAGAUGGGCUUUGUUAGAGACUUGGAGAAACAGUACAACACAGAGGAACCCCACCUCUCUGAAAUCGGACCAUGCUUUUUAGAACAUCAAGAUGGUUUCUGGAUCUAUUCAGAAUACUGUAACAACCACUUGGAUGCCUGUAUGGAGCUGAGCAAGCUGAUGAGGGAUGGCAGGUACCAGCACUUCUUCGAGGCCUGUCGCCUCCUCCAGCAAAUGAUUGACAUCGCCAUAGACGGCUUCUUGCUCACUCCUGUCCAGAAAAUCUGCAAAUAUCCACUCCAGUUGGCUGAGCUUCUCAAAUACACUGCGCAGGAGCACAGCGACUAUCGAUACGUGGCAGCAGCCCUGGCAGUAAUGCGGAACGUCACCCAGCAGAUCAACGAGAGGAAGAGGAGGCUGGAAAACAUCGACAAGAUCGCCCAGUGGCAAGCCUCUGUUCUGGACUGGGAGGGGGAUGAUAUCUUGGACAGAAGCUCGGAGCUCAUCUACACUGGGGAGUUGUCAUGGAUCUAUCAGCCGUACGGACGCAGCCAGCAGCGAGUUUUCUUCCUCUUUGAUCACCAGCUGGUCCUCUGUAAGAAGGAUCUGAUACGCCGGGACAUCCUGUACUAUAAGGGCCGCAUUGACAUGGAUCGCUACGAGGUGCGGGACGCCAUAGACGGGCGUGACGAUGACUUCAACGUCAGUGUGAAGAACGCUUUCAAACUGUGCAACAAAGACAGCGAGGAGAUCCACAUCUUCCUGGCCAAGAAGCCGGAGGAGAAGAUCCGCUGGCUCAGGGCCUUCCACGAGGAGAGGAAGAUGGUGCAGGAGGAUGAGAAAAUCGGUUUUGAGAUUUCUGAGUACCAGAAGCGGCAGGCAGCCAUGACAGUGAGAAAGGUGACCAAACAGAAAGGUGUAAACAGGUGCACGCCCCCCUCAUACCCGCCCCCCCAGGACCCCCUCAGUGCGGGGCAGUAUGAGGUAACGGAGGACAUGGCACAAGGAGAGGUUUUUGAAUUCAGUCAAUCCAAAAGAGGCCAGGCUCCUUUCUGGCAGAAUUUUAGUAGAUUAGCUCCAUUUAAGAAAUAGAGAUACACAGACUCUUCUGAAGGACCAGCUAUUUUUCUUAGAAGCACUAAACACUGGAUGAUCAUGUCCCAUGAUGAAGAAAAUACGAAAAACACACAUACACAAGAGACUUCAAAGUUAAGGACCAAUGUUAAAUAUAGAGUGUGAUUGGAAGCAGCAAGAGGACUGAAGACUUGGAUUUAAAAAAAUUGAGGAAAAAAAAAGAAACUUUACAAUUCAUAUAUGUUAGUAACGUUCUUAGUUAUCAUGCUUCUCCAGCUGAGUCAACCGUCAUGAACUCUUUCCCUCGGAUUCUGCAACACUCAUCAUCACACCAUCUGAAUGUCCUGGAGUUCAUUGAGAUUGUUGUAUUAUUUCAUUUUUAAUCCAUCAUCCAGAGACAAACACAAGGCCACGCCAGGUCAUCCCUAGUAGUAUGAUUGUGUCUGAGAUCCUGCUGUGCUGCUAUGUGCAAUUGCUUGUUGCAUUCUUCUGAAUGUGAGAUUGAAUAACGACAGGCCUCAGCUACUGGCUGAGGCAUCUGACGGACCUGUGAAGCUCGACUGUCACCUCUGAGUUAGAUCCAUCCUACCGCUGAUCACAGGCUCUACUCAUGUCUGCGUCUGGAUCUCCUCCUCACUCUCAGCGCUCCAUAUUCCUCUUCACUCUCUCAAGCUGUCUGCGUAUAGUAGCCCUCUUUUCAGCAAGUAUGACGUUCACAGUGUCUCCCUCCCUCUUUGCGUCCCUCUCUAUCUCUCUACCCACCUGCUCAGCCUCUGUGAGUCAGUGGUUCUCAGAGGAAGAGCUUCAUUCUUUUGGAAACCUGCCAUUGGCCAUGAUAUGAUGGGUCAGGGAACAAAUCAAUAGUGGGAACAUCAAUAGAAUAUUUACAUCCUUUCACCAACCAGUUUUGACAGGGUAUUCAUAUCCGAUCACGCCGAGGGGCUGUGGGUUGCAUUUUACGGAGAGCUUGCCGCUCAGAUGAAACAGCUGGGAGCAGGAGAUAGGCAGGCUACGGUCCACCUGCCUUGUGUCAGAGCCCCUCCCCACUCUCCCCAGAGACCACCCCUGUAGCACUGUGCUGGCAGCUCACUGGGUGUUUGGAAAGAGUACAGCCUACCUCCGGAAAUCCGCUGAGAGCAGAAAGUGAAGUUGAUGCAUUGGCCAAGGUCUGAAAUAAUAUCUCUUUCUCACGUCAGCUGUAAAAAGACUUCCUCAGUUGACUUAAUUAUUUUGUAUUGCUCACACUGUAAAAAAGCACAGCACAUAUUCAGUCUGAGGAGUACCUUUUUGUCUCAUUUGAGUUAGAGUGAUGCCACAGUGUGAGAAAUUAGAGAGAACCAUAACCAGCACAAGGGAAAAUGGUCAAAAAAUGAUAAAUGAACUAUACGACUAUUUACAGUUCCUGAGGUUGCGAGUCGUUACUGCAAAAAGUACUCUGUAGGAGUGUGAGCCAAUACCGCAGGGAAGGCAGAAAGGUGGAUUUAAUCUGUAGCAUGCAGGUGUCCUCUGUCAGAUUCAUGCAUCUCUAAAGACUGCAGCUUCAAGUCUUGGCACUCCUCCCUGUCACGUUGUUUUCCAGAUCUGAUCCAUGUUCUGGCAGUUAGCUCGGCACCGUUAAGUGAAUUACAGAGGACUGUGGCCUGAUCAGAUUGAUUUGUUUAAUCAUCAAUGUCCCUGAAGCUGCUGUUGCAAUGCUAUUUCAACAGAGAUAUUAGAUAAGAGAAGAUCCACUGAGGAGAAAACUACCAAUUUACACACACGAUGAAGGUGUAUUCUUUUCUACAGUUGGAAUGUAAGUGAAACAUCUGCCCACGGUUUGUGAUCAUAUUUUGACCUCAGAUGCAGAAGUACAUUUUGUGUUAUAUCACCAGAUGGACAGUACAUAUACAGUAUGACAACUUGUGCAAUGUGAUAUAUCAUUAUAUAUCUUCACUAUUCACUACCGUGAUAUGAAAGAGUUAUAUAUCGUUCUAUGUCAUUUGUUUGCCUUCUUAUAGGCCUUAUAACCUAUUGGAAAAAAAGACCUUAGAGUUGCUUUGUAUGUUGUGUAAUUUAUGUUUUGUUUCAGUAAAGAAAGUUGAGAAAUGGGUGAGUUGGCUGCUGGUGUCUGUAGAGAUGGCUCCCAGUGAGAUUGUUUUGGAAGAUAAUUCCCUUGUCUGGCACAGCAAAAAGAUAUGGUUCCCAGGCCAUGAUAACCUCAGGUCCCGUGCUACGCCCACCAACCCACCCCCCCUACACCCCCUCCCCUACUCCACGCCACCACCACCACCACCACCACCACCACCACCAACAUACAGAUACAAGCAUGCAGGCAAACACACACACACACACACGGACACAUAAUCAUGCACACUUGCUGGCCCGUUCUGCUGCGGAGAAGAGAGAUGCUAUCUAACAGUGCCUUCCAGCAUUCCACUAGUGAUUAUCUAUUCAGUUUCACAGGCAGAUUUGAAUUAGUCAUGUAUUUUCCCUUCAGUGUGGGACUUGCAUCUCUCUCUUCCUCUCUCUCUCUCUCUCUCUCUCUCUCUCUAUCUCUCUCUCUCACACACACACGCACACACUCUCUCUCUCUCUCUCUUUCUCUCUCUUUCUCAUACACACUGGGAAUUCCUCUUUCCCCCGGUGCAUGAGAUCCACUCGGACAGAAACUUAGAGGUCAGGCCUUUUCCAUAUGAGUAGAUACUGUGCUGUCUGACUGAAACACCUUAUUAUAUUAUAUCACACUUACAUAGCAGUAAUUUUAUUGCACAAAAAGAAGUUAAUUCUGAUUUCAGAUGUUUAGAAACCACAUAGAAUUCCUUUAUUGUUAUAUAUUUAACUGAAAGAUGGUUUAAUUUGAAUAUAUAGUAGAAACCAGAUUUUCAUUAGUCAAGUUAGGUUGCACAUUUCAAAAUAUAUUAUUAACAGUGAGUUAUGAAUCAAAAGAAAAAAAUCAUCUAUUUUACCUUUAUCAGCUACACACUGUAAAUAAUGUAAAAAGAACAGAUCAUAUAUUUGGAUAUUGGUAUUUUGCGUUGGAGACGAAUGUUGUUCCAGUUCUAGCGUGCGGUAGACCUCAGUACCAGGUAAAUGCAUGCUUGUGGCAUCCAAUAUUUUGCAUGAGACUUAAGACAACUCUUAACAGAUUGUUUAGUUUCAUUUAACUUCCAAUGGGAUUCCCCACAAUGUGGAACCAUUCAUUUGUGAACCCAUGCCAUCUCACUAAAGGGAGUUCUUUUCUCUGUCCACCUGUCUCCUGCUCACUUCACAUUCACGGUUGUAGCUUCUGUUUUUUUUAAUUUAUUGUCAAGCAGAGGGGGGAAGCAUCUUUUCCUCAUGCUGAAUCAAAGACUUAACUGUUGAUAGGUAAAAUGAAAGGCACUGAUGCUCUCUUUGCCCAGAUAUAAUGGGUACUAUAAACUGUAACAUUAUCUUCAACUUUUUUUUCUUCUUUUCUUUGAGUCCAACCUACACUGUCAUGGUCCAAACCGCUGGUUAUUCUUGGAACACCAUUAACUGCUGAGGCAAAACGGGUAUAAUUUUUCUAUGACAACAGUGAACCAAAUAGGAGUUAGCACUGAUCAUGGGCGUUUGUGUAUAGAUUUGUAGUCAAGCAGAAGAGCUGAAUAAAUGCGAAACCUCUCGGGAUGAGCUAAAAAUAAACAUAAUCCUGAAGACACACACAGUACUUCAUUGCAAUUCACAUCAUGCUCUUGUUUCUACUUAAAAAAAAAAAAAGAUUCUUUGGAGUACAAUGACUUGACAGUACAAAUUAUUUCCUCACUUGUAUUUAUUGAAUGCAGUAUUAAAUAUUACCACUUUGGCCACAUUGUUAGAAGGAUGUAUAUAUUGGUUUUUCUUAUAUAAUUAUCAUUCUGACCUUGUACUGAGAGCUGAGAGGACAGCCUUCUGUGCAGUUUUUUUUUUCCUUUUUCUUUUUCCGGUCAUAAUCCAAGACAGCCAAGUUAGCAGACUGUCAACUGAGUGCAUCAGAGGUUCUCAGAUUUCUGUAGUCCCUUUUAGUCCAGGUUGUAUAUGGAGCCAGUAACCGCGCUCACUCACAUUUAGCAUAGCAACAUCUUCAGUAAGAACUCCUUGCAGUUGGUUAAUGCAGUCCUGUAUUGUUUCAGAAUAGUCAGGGUACAACAGAGUCUUCAAUGAGCCAUAUUUGAUGUGGUGUUCAGUGACAACAAAGUUAACAGAAGACUGGCAUCCCCACUUUUGGAAUCACAAUCUAUUCAUUGUAUAUUACCAUCUAGUUUGAGGUCUGGAUUUUUGCCUAUCACAGAGAAUUUACUCACAGUAUCCAUAUCCUUUGUCACCAUAUGCAAACAUUUUGUCAUUUUCUUUCUUGCUGGCCUUUGAGUUUGAUUAUUUGUUGUAGAAAUGAAAAACCUGAAAAAUAAUGCCUAUUCAAUCCAGAAACUGUGAAUGGGAGAGUGGAGAUGUCAACUGUAUGUACAUUAUAUGUUUUGAUGUAAUCAGAAGCACUGGGAAUAUGUUGUACUUCGCUGUAAAAAUAAAUCCAUAUCUGAUAUAGCUGUACUUUUGUUGAAAAUAAAACCUCUACAGAA